CCAAUCAACGCCCGCCUACUAAAUAUUGUUCGGUCUGUCAAUAAAGAUGGCCGAAGUCAACAAACCGGCAUGAUACCUGGAAUCUGUUACGUGAAUAUAUUGUCGUUUAGUGCAGACAUAUAAGAAAAUGACGGAAAGCAGUGUAAGCAGUCAGCUGAUUAUUAUCGUGGACACCAACCCUGUGUGGUGGGGACAGGCGGACACAGGUGAAUCUGGACAGAACCAGAUGAGUCUGGCACAAUGCCUGGAGUGCCUGAUGGUAUUUUCCAACUCCCACUUGAUGAUGAGUCACAGGAACAAGCUAGCUGUGAUAGCAGCACACACAGACAAAAGUAUAUUUCUGUAUCCAAAGAAGGACCAGGGUGGAACAUCUGCCAUAAAUAUCAGUGAGGAAGCUGACCAGGGAGAUGGAAAGUAUGAGCUGUUUGGAUUGGUCAACAACCAGAUCAAGAACCAAGCCCGGGAACUUGUCAUCAAUGGAGGGUCAAGUUUGCUGUACCCGGACACAGUACUGGCCGGAGCUUUAGCCAUGGCUCUGUGUUACAUACACAGGUCUGAAAAGGAGGUUGGUCCCGGAGAACAGCUUUCUUCAAGAGUUCUGAUUAUCAAAGGAUCAGAAGACAACCCAGAACAGUAUAUGAAUCUAAUGAAUGCUGUAUUUACAGCACAGAAACAGAACAUCGUGGUGGAUGCAUGUGUACUAGAUAAUGACUCCGGACUUUUACAGCAGGCCUGUGAUAUUACCGGAGGGAUAUACCUGAAGAUUCCACAAGUAUCCGGUCUUCUCCAAUAUCUGCUGUGGAUUUUCCUGCCCGACCCUACAGAGCGCCACAAGCUCACCCUCCCACCCAAGGCACAGGUCGACUACCGGGCUGCCUGCUUCUGUCACCGAAACCUCAUCGAUAUUGGAUACGUAUGUUCUGUGUGUCUUUCAAUCCACUGCUCAUUCAGCCCCAUUUGUUCCACCUGUCACACUACAUUCAAGAUGUUUGGGCCAACCAAAGGCUUGAAGAAGAAAAGUAAGAAACAGCCCUCCUGAUAGUGCUGGAUUAAAGACUACAGCAAUCCUCCUGUUUGAUGGUGGAUUAGUCGAUCAGAAGUGGAUUAAAGACUACAGCAAUCCUCCUGUUCAGUGGUGGAUUAUUGGAUUAGUGAUUGAUAAGAGACUACAGCAAUCCUCCUUGUCAGUGGUGGAUUAGUGGAUCAGUAGUGGAUAAGUGACUACAAUAAUCCUCCUGUCCAGUGGUGGAUUAGUGGAUCAGUGAUGGCUUAGAUAUUACAGCAAUCCUCCUGUUCAGUGGUGGAUUAGUGGAUCAGUAGUGGAUUAGUGACUACAAUAAUCCUCCUGUCCAGUGGUGGAUUAGUGGAUCAGUGAUGGCUUAGAUAUUACAGCAAUCCUCCUGUUCAGUGGUGGAUUAGUGGAUCAGUAGUGGAUUAGUGACUAUAAUAAUCCUCCUGUCCAGUGGUGGAUUAGUGGAUUAGUGAUUGAUAAGAGAUUACAGUAAUCCACCUUUUCAGAGGUAGAUUAGUGAUUGAUAAGAGACUACAGUAAUCCACCUUUUCAGUAGUGGAUUAGUUGCUCAGUGAUCAAUUAAAGACUACAGUAUAAUCCUCCUGUUAAGUGGUGGAUUAGUGGAUUAGUGAUGUAUUAGAGAUUACAGUAAUCCUCCCGUUCAGUGGUUGAUUAGUGGAUCUGUAAUGGACUAGAUAUUACAGUAAUCCUCCCGUUCAGUGGUGGAUUAAAGACUACAGUAAUCCUCCUGUUCAGUGGUGGAUUAGUGGAUCAGUAAUGGUUAGUGACUACAGUAAUUCUUCUGAUCAGAUGUACAGUAGGUCAGAGGUUAUAUAGAGACAAGUUGAACAAACGCCUAUCCACUUGUACAGGAACUAGACAAUACAUGGAUCUAUGAAUAUUUAUCCACCUAAUGUUAAAAGAGUGAGGAUAUACAAAGGUGGAAAACUUGGCUUCAGUUGCAAUUGGUGUCCUGUGUAGAUGUGAAAUUGCUUGAACGUAAAAGGUUGUCUUAUGAGAAUAUGUUUUAAGUCAUGAGCAUGUUGAAGUGCUUGAAAGUAUGCGUACAUUUUUGUCAUAUGAGAAUUCAUUUGAAAUCAAGAGUGCUUGAAGGCAUAAUUUUUGGUAAGAAAGUGAAAUUGUGUUUCUCAAUUUAUGAUACUGAGUAGGCACUUGUUUUAAAGUGGUAAACAGUCUAAGAAUGACCUUUGGGAAUUAAAAGAGGUCAUCAUGUGUUAAAGACUUUAACAGGCGUAGAUGUUACUGUGACAAAACUAUUUUACAAGAGAAUUGUUAUUUUGCAUACUUCUUCAUGUUGGCAUAACAUUGAAUUGGACAUAUAAUAUUUCAAAAAAUAUUAUUGUUGUACAAGACAAAGUUAUAUUCAAACUUUAUAUACAUGUACAUUGUACUCUGGGCUGUAUUUGAAUAUUACAAUGGACAUACAAGAAAUAUGCUACAGAAUAAUUGAAACUUCUUAUGUUGGUUGUUGGCAAAUAAUAAAUUGAAAUGAUUUGUGUAUGUUACUAAAUAAAAUAAAGUA